UUUCGUGGCAUUAAAUCACGUAAUAUGAAUGCUAUACGACAUGCUACGCAAAGAGGUAUACAUCAAUUGCAACAAUUACAAGGACAUAAUCAAGGAAAUUUUGAUUUCUUAAUGAAACAUCGAAGUAAUCCGCUAACUAUACAAGGUUUACGUACAAAUCCCAAAGAUGCUGAAAGUCAUAUAUUAUUUUUUGAUAUCGAAGGUCUUAUAUUUGAAUUACAUAGUGAGGAAUAUGCUAAAAUGACACCCGCUGAUUUAGAAGCUCUUGGAGUUGUAUUGGCGAAUCCUAAGGAUAAAGCAGCUCACUUAGAUGCUUCCAAGAAGAUAAGUGACUUUUUUGGCAUAGUGAAAAACAAAGCCGGAGAUAUGGAAAAAAUUCUAAAAGAUAAAGAUAAACAUGGAAUUGUACAAAAAUUUAAAGAAAAAACUGAAAUUGUGGAAAAGAAAGUUCAAGCAAAAGUGGAAAGUAUACAGAAAGCAGUGGAAACUCAAGAAGAAAAGGAAGAUCUUAAAAGUAAAAUUGCAUCAAAAUUGGAAGUUACGCACGUUAUGGAAGUUGCUCAGUUAUUGUUGUCAUUAUUGCAUUCCUGGGGUCUAGAUAGUCAUUUAGACAAGGUGUGUGAGUCGCAAUUAGGUUUAUUACGACCAAUGGUACCAAUAUCAUUUGGUGUGCUUUCAAAAGGCGGUUAUAUGUCAUUACUACUACCAACGUGGCAAAAUAAUUAUGAAAUUCCAGAGGGUUUACCAAUACCAAGCAGUUCAAAAAAACGUGAUAUACGUGCUGAUCUAUUGAGGCAAGAACAAUUAACCUCGAUAUUUACAUCACUCUUACAUUGGGAAUUAAGUACAACAUUAACUUCAAAUCAUAUCUUAGCUUUAGUGGCUAUGUCAAAUACGCUAAUGUCAAUGAGUUCCGCUACAUUCUUAACUGAUAGCGAGAAAGCUAAAAAACUGCAACGUCUAGCUCAACGUACUGAUUCAAGUUUAGCUACUGAAGAAGAGCGAGAAGAACUAAUUGCUCAGCAUACCUCACAAAUAAAACAGGGUUGGAGUGAUCUAUCAACUCAUCACUGUUUUCAAUUACCUGAAAAAAUUGAAGCAUUAGAACCAAAGAAAUUUAAACGUCCUCAAGUGGAAAUGAUGGCCAAACGUUGGCAACAUCAUUGCAUUGAAAUUCGUGAAGCUGCACAACAAAUUCUUCUAGGUGAAUUAAGGCGGCUUGGACCACGUGGACGUAAGCAACUUGUUGAAAGUUGGGCGCAGUAUUUACCACUAUAUACGCAUUCAGAACCUAUAGUACAGCAACAGAAUGCAAAUCCAGCACAAAAUGUUAAUAGUACUAAUGGUCAAAAUAGUACCGGAAAUGGUGUUGCUACAAAUGGCGAAAAUCAAGAGGAGGAUUACGAAGAAGAGGAAGAAGAAAUUAUUCGUAAACCUUCGAGUUUAUCUGAAUUAAAAAGAAAACAAACAACAGCUGUUAUACUGUUAGGAGUUAUAGGUGCCGAAUUUGGACAAGAUAUAUCGCAAGAUUCUCCUAGUCAUCAACGUAUUACCAAUGAGCGACGUAAAUCAUCUGUUGUGGAAUCGUUUGGUAUUGCAAACAAUUUAGCACGUCUAACUUCAAUGGCACUAGCACAUUUACUCUAUGCACCACCUUCAGCAAAACUUCCGCAAUAUACACCUUUACGUCGAGCAGCAAUAGACUUAUUGGGACGUGGUUUUACAGUAUGGGAGCCUUAUCUUGAUGUUAGUAAAGUAUUGCUAGGUUUAUUGGAGAUAUCCUGCGACGGUAAAUUUGUGCCGAACUUAAACUACAAAUUACCACUCACUCCACAAGCGGAUGCCUGUCGUACUGCACGUCAUGCGCUCCGACUAAUUGCAACAGCAAGGCCAGCUGCAUUUAUUACAACAAUGGCACGGGAAGUUGCACGCUAUAACACAAUGCAACAAAAUACACAAGCAGUGAAUGUGCCACUAACACAAUCUGUGUUAUAUAGAGCAAAAUCCGAAAUAUUACAGUGCGUUGAAAUGCUAAUAGAUAAAAUGCAAGCCGAAAUCGCGUCUUUACUUGUAGAAGUGAUGGAUAUAACAUUACAUUGCGUGGAUAAUAAUGAAUUGAAAAGCCGCGGUUUGGCAGAGGUCUGCCCCUCUAUUUGCAAAUUCAAUCAGAUAUCACAUUGCGCACAAACUCGUCGCAUUGCGGUUGGUGCUAAUAAUGGUAAUUUGGCCAUCUAUGAAUUGCGUCAAAAUAAGUGUCAAAUGAUUCCAGCACAUACGCAUCCCAUUACUUCCUUAGCAUUUUCACCUGACGGUAAAUGUCUGGUCUCAUAUUCAUGCAGUGAAAAUCGUCUUUCAUUUUGGCAAACAAGCACUGGCAUGUUUGGAUUGGGACAAUCACAGACACGUUGCACCAAAGGUUACUCGACUGCACCUAUUCCCGAUGUAGCACGUUUGAAUCCAAUGCGUUUAGCUAAAUUGGUCUGGAUUAACAAUCGUACGGUGACUUUAUUACUAGCCGAUGGAUCGGAAACACGUUUUAAUGUUUAGACAAAUGUAGUGACUGUCUGUUAUAGUUGUACUAGGGUAGCUCAAGCUAGAAGAAGUGUUAACGGUAUUAAAUUAUAUUUAUACAUAUAUAUAUAUAUAUAAACUUAUGAGUAAACUAUAUAUUUGCAUAAGUUGAAA